AUGCGGAAGCGAAUCUUGGUAACAGGUGGAGCAGGAUUCCUUGGAUCACAUUUAGUGGAUCGAUUGAUGAUGAUGGGUCAUGAUGUUCUCGUGCUGGACAACUUUUUCACCGGUCAAAAAUUGAACGUGAGCCAUUGGAUAGGUCAUCCAAACUUCGAGCUUGUUCGUCAUGAUGUUGUGAAUCCAAUCAUGAUUGAAGUGGAUCAAAUCUAUCAUCUAGCAUGCCCCGCAUCACCUCAGCACUACCAAGCCAAUCAAAUCAAAACGAUCAAAACAAACUUUAUGGGCACGAGUAAUAUGUUAGGUCUUGCAAAACGAACAAAAGCUCGUUUCUUGCUUGCUUCCACUUCAGAGGUUUAUGGGGACCCCGAAGUCUCGCCACAGAAAGAGACAUAUAACGGAAACGUCAAUCAGACAGGACCUCGGGCUUGCUACGAUGAAGGCAAACGAGUGGCUGAGACUUUGACGUACGGUUACCAUUAUCAGGACAGCGUUGAUGUUCGGGUUGCACGAAUCUUCAACACGUAUGGACCACGCAUUAAUCCCUUCGAUGGAAGGGUGAUGAGCAACUUUUUGAUACAAGCUUUGAAAGGGCAGCCGCUUACCGUAUAUGGUGAUGGCAGUCAAACUCGAUCAUUUUGUUUCAUUCAUGAUUUGAUUGACGGUAUGAUUGCUUUGAUGAACGUAAAGGAUGAUCAGAUGGUUGAGCGUAUCGUUGAUCCGGCACACGGAAAGAUGGCUGAUGUGCACUUACCCGUCAAUCUCGGUAACUCAAAAGAGUUUACGAUCAGACAAUUAGUCGAUGUCAUUUUCGAGGUGGUAGAUUCGCUGCGACAGGCCGGAGAACCUGCAUUGCAGCAUUUACCCGUCUUAGAAGCCGAAGAUAGGGUGCAAUAUUUGCCUAUGCCCGUUGAUGAUCCAAGGCAAAGACGACCAGACAUUGAGAGGGCAAAGACUCUUUUGAAUUGGGAACCAAAAUGGGAAUUGAAGGAUGGAAUCAAGGAGAUGGCAUUGUACUAUAUACAACAGAUCAAGACUGGACAAUUGUAA